UUUGGUCUUUUUCUCGGAAUAUUUUUAUAAAUACAUUGAAUUAAAUGGAUGGAAACCUUAAAARAGAGUUGAAACAAUAUGAGAAAAGAAAAGCAAGAGCACAAGAUAAAGGUGACCUGGAAGAAGAAGCAAAACUAUGUAGUGCAGCUGGAGAUUUAUUGAAACAACAUGGCUUUUAUGAAGAGUCCAUCAAAGAACACAAUCAUGCUUUACAGAUAUAUGAAGCCAAGAAUAAUGUUGUUGAAAGUGCAGUUGCACACAGGAUGAUUGGAGAAUGUUUAAGUUCACUUGGUCAACAUAAACAGUCAUUGUAUCAUCAAAAGCUGUAUUUAAAGCUUGCAAAGUCAUCUAACAAUUUAGUAGAAGAGCAGCGUGCAUGGGCAACAAUAGGCAGUGCAUGGUUUUCUUAUUCUGACUGCACUUUUGAUGCAGAACUAAAGGAACAAUGCUUGAUAGAGGCACAGAAGGGGUUUCUUGAAGGGUUGUCAGUUUGUGAUCAACUUACAGGGCUGGUUCCUGAAAAAGAAAUCAUUGAGAUGAGGUCCAGAUUAUACCUUAACCUGGGAUUGGUUUAUGAUAGUAAGAAUGACAUGCCUAGUGCAAGGAAAUUUAUCAACCAAGCUUUGAACACUAUAAGAGGUCAAAACCUGCUUGAUACAGAGUGCAAGUGUUACUACAAUUUGGGMGGCUUACUGACAAGAGCAGGACUUGACACAGAAGCCAUUAAUGAAUUCAAUCAUGCUUUGCAUGUUACAAGGAAAAAUGGACAAAAGUUUGAGGAAGCUGAAGUUUUAGUUGGUUUGGGACAAGUAUACCUGAAAAUGGAGGAGUUUACAUCAGCCAGGAAAGUACUAAAGAAAGCUUAUAAGAUUGCAGAGUCAAGGGCUGAUGAGAUGAAUGGACUAAAGCCAAGCCUUGUUGCAGCUAUCAAGGGUUUAAAGUUAAUCAAUAAACUAAACCAACUUUCUGAAGGCCAAAAGUCAGAACAAGUCAAUGUUCUUGACCAACUUGGUGAUUUAUAUUCUGACUUGAAGUUCUAUAAAAAUGCCCUGGAGUACUACAACAAAGAGCUUGAUCUUGCAAGGUCCAUAGGACAAUCUUCCAAAAAGUUAUCAAAUAUACUAGUGUCAGUCGCCGUGACAUACAGCGAUCUUGGACAAUUGAAUAAAGCUGUUGAUUAUUACAUGGAAGAACUGAAUACCAUUGAUGGUGACUAUACAGGGAUGUGUGAUACCUGGUGUAACAUAGCUGAGAUUUACGAGAAGGCCAACUACAAUUAUGAAGAUGUAGAACAGGCAUACUUCUCUGCACUCAAAUUUGCAGAAAAGGCUAACAGCAUACGAUUACAAAUUCGAGUCAAACRUUGUCUUGCUGAUGCCCAGAAAAAAUACAAUAAACUGGAUUUAUAUGAAGAAACAGUCAAGAAAAUAGACACUUUGAAGUCKGAAUUAGGUGAUGAUGAAGAAGAAAGUGAAGAAGAAGCCGACAAAUCCGAGGAUUGUGUGAAAUUUGAAGAUAACAAUGUCCUUAUUGACAGAGAAAUGAAAAUCCCUGAGUCAGAUGAUGAGGAAAACGACAGCGAUACUGACGAGUCAGCAGUUCGAAAUAGAAAAAGAACAGCGAGAUCGAAGUUAUCCAAAGUCAACGAAAARGGUGAAACUCCUCUUCAUCGAGCGGCCAUUGCUGGCGAUGCGCAUUUGGUGGGAGCACUUCUAGAUCAGGGCGCGGAUGUCAACGCACGAGAUUACUGUGGAUGGCAGCCGUUACAUGAAGCAUGCAAUCACGGCCAUACAGAAACUGUCCGUGUUUUGCUGACAAAGGGUGCCAAUGUGAACGAUCCAGGGGGUGUUCACUGCCAGGGCGUCACCCCUCUCCAUGACGCCUCUCAAAAUGGUCAUAUCGAUAUCGUGAAACUACUGGUUGAGCACGGCGCCUCCUUGUUGAACAAAGAUAAAAAUGGUAAAACACCUUUGGACUCGGUCAUUGCAGUGCAAAGAUCMGAAGACUCGGAUUUGACCGGCUCGGAAACCGCCGAGGCAGCUGGUAGAAAGAAAGUUGUCAAAUACCUUAAAAAGUUUGCAUUGGGAAAGAAUUUGAACAACAACAUCACUUGCCCUGAGAUUACUCGACGAAAUCGUCUAUUUUUUGAGGACAGCGACAUAUUUGAUAAAGAUGAUGAUGAUGAUGAUGAUGAUGAUGAUGAUGAUGUCAUCAUGCCAUCAUUUACGCAAUUCAAAGAAAAACUUCAAAGCCGCGACAAAAAGCGCGGCAAAAAUCGCCAACGCGCAAGCAUCGACAGUGAUGACGACAGUGAUGACGUCAGUGCUCCAUUCGUCCCCAGUCCUUUAGUUGACAGUAGUCCCAUUGAAGAUUCGAUAGAGAUUUUAAAUUCGUUAAAUGACAAUCCCAUCGAAAAGCGCGCUGCGAUUCAAGAACAACAUGCACACAUCGAUGAUUUUGAAUCAAGUUCGCCAAUUGGUUUCGACAGCGACGACUCGAUGACUCACCAUAAUAGGGCAUCUACUUCCCAUGAUGCAUUGUUUUCACGUGACAAUGAUCGAAAUAUGGAUGACUCGAUUCCUCAGUCCUUCGUMCCAUCGUCCAGUUCCUCGGUUAGCUACAUUGAUACGGUUCACGGUAGUCAUGUUGGGAGCAGAGAGAGCGAGUCAGUACCUUCUCUUAUUUCUGAACGGGACUUGGAGUACGCCAUGGGUGCAACCGUGAACGAUGAUUCUGAUUGGCUGAUUGACGAUAUGAGGCCACUCAAACGCCGACGUACAAACCCUAAACAGGCCACYCUGGGUAAGUCCCUCCAGCUCUCCAGUAAACGUCCCAUCGCUUAUCAAAGGAAAACUCCAAGAACUCAARGUAGCACSGCCACAAGAACCCACAAUACUCCCUCGUCACGGAAUCAURGUAYCAACUCMAAUAGAACCUCAAAACCAAGGCAAACAAGACUCGAAGUUGUACGGACUCCAAGUCCUACAUUUGGAUCUAUGUCUGACAUCCCGUCGUAUAACGAUCCUGGUCUAAACGCACCAAGGCAAUCACGUACCUCGGGGACAUCUUUCCAAGGUGAACCUUCUGGGGUAUAUAGUAACACCGGCCCAACUACGGUACUUCACCGCGUAUGGUCUUCGMCCUGUUCUUGUGCUACAGACCAGUGAGGGUGCCUACCUCUCCCCAGAGGAUACUAUAGCUGAUGUCUUAUCGAAUAACGAACAGGUGGUAGCGUCACUUGAAUCGUGGGACCUGCCUCCCUUGUCAGAACGAUAUAAGACUGCUUGCCUAAGCAAUAACUCGAAAGUAAGAAAAAUGAUCUUAGCGUCACUUCAAGCUGAUCCCCAAAUUUCAGUUAUUAGUCUACGAAACGCAGCCAUAUCGCCUACUGAUGUGCUACCGCUGGCCAGAGCACUGCAGUGCCACGACAGGCUCGUCAAGUUAAUUUUACCGGGAAAUAAAAUAGGUGACAGCGGCUUACAGCAUAUUGCCAGCUGCCUAGAUACCCUGCCAAACCUCGCAGUGUUAGAUUUACGCUGCAAUGGUUUGACACACAARGGACUCAAACACUUAGUGAACUCAAUCAAGAAAUCCGCUGAUCAACAGCAAAUAAGCUCAUCAACCAAACUAGAAGAACUAAGUCUGUCGUGCAAUGACCUCACCGACACCUGCGGAACCCUAUUGGCUGAUAUUUUGGUCACGUGUCCAUACCUGAAUUCCCUACAGCUGCAGUCAGUGUGGCUAACUGGUAGGGCGUUUGAGCCCGGCAAACCGUUAAGCGAAGCGAUUAAAGUUUCUUUAGGUCUCUUAGCAACUGUCGUUCCCAGAUCUCUUUCAAUCUUCGUGGCAACCGAGGGAUUGGUGGAACAUUUCUUGRGGAACUMUUGACGAAUCUCGCGACCUCSCGUUCUUCACCGCUCUCGUUCAACCUUUCUUCUUGUGGAGUCUCUUCUCCGUUAYCAGAAAACAUUUUCCACGCAUUAAAGCACUCGGCUAUUCCUCUCYUUGGGUUAGAUCUAUCUUUUUGUGMAUUAAAUCACGAGGAAGUGUCGAGAAUUUCUGAUGCAUGGCGUCAAAGUGGUGAUGGAAGGYUGGCUGCUAUAAAUGGUCCGUUGUGUGAACUGAGUACCACACUAUAACAAUAUACUUACAAAACGAUUUCUAUUGGAURGAAUCGGACAAAAUGAAUUAUCAGCUUGUAAUAUACGACAUUAAUAAAUUCUAUUUUAAUUAAAGAGUUAUUUCUUUAAUACUCGUUUGC